AAUUCUCUCUCUCUCGCUCGCUCUGUGCUUUCUGUGUGCAGGAAUGGAGAUGAAGUACAAAGAGUGGAUCCUGGAGACCAUCGACUCUCUGCGUUCCCGCAAAGCCCGGCCCGACGUGGAGCGCAUUUGCAGGAUGAUCGAGCGGCGCUACGGUCUCUCGCCCGCCGACACCGAGCAGCAGCUGAACAAGCUGGUCCGCGCCGAGCUGGUGGUCAAAGUGGCGUACAAGGGCUCCAACAGUUACCGCAACGCUGCCAAGUGGUACAAGAGCAAGGCGAGGAAGGGGCCGGAGUGCGGGGGAGAAGGAGGAGGAGGAGGGGGGUCGUCGCCGCCGCCGCCGCCGCUGGAAGCUUUGCCCCGCUCCCCUGAGCCCGGCCGUCGGACCCUCGCCGCCAGGAAAGUCGGCAGCGGCCGCCUGCAGAUCGCCCUGAAACGGGAGCUGAGCCGCGGGCGUCUCGUCCCCGUCCCCGUCCCCGCUGCCGCCGCCGCCCCGCACAUCGACGCUGCUAAAGUCACAAGCGCGUCUCUCCGGGCUUUGCCCAGCUAUAAGGGUUAUGCCAAGAUUCGCAAGGAGCGAGUGUUCGAGGCCAAUGGCAGCGUCAUUAACCCCUUGACAACUGCCCACACGCUGGAUGAGUGUAUGGAACCAGAACUGACAGAGAUUGAACAACGCACCAAUCUAGAUGUGGAUCAAGAUGCCUCGGAGGUGGAAUCGGUGGGCCAUUCUUCCAUGGACAACAUUCCCAAGGUUCCAGACUCCACCCACCCUUCAGAAUCGAUGGAGCUCUUGAACUGUGACGCGUACAAGAAGUCUCGUGCCUUGAACGGUCUCGGCCAGGAUGUGUCAGCGAGUUCCGCAGGUGCGGAGAUGCGAGGUGCGUCCUGCCUGCCUACUCCCUCCCCAUCACCCGUGGAGAUGAAGACUUUUGAGACCGGCACCCUGGGAAUGGAGAGCUCGGUGGAGAGAGUGCGGCUCGAUCCUGUGGAGUGGACAAUCCUGGACGUCUUCAAUUACUUCAAGAAGGCAGGCUUCGAAGACCAGGCUGCGGCCUUUCAGGAGCAGGAAAUCGACGGCAAGUCUCUGCUCCUCAUGAAACGCAGUGAUGUUCUGACGGGACUGUCAAUCAAGCUGGGGCCCGCACUCAAGAUCUACGAAUUCCACGUGAAAACCUUGCAGAUGAGUCACUUAAAGGGCAGCUCGCCUGAGUGUUAAACUCCCGCCCAGGAGAUGGUGUCUUGGUGUCAAAUCCACCCACUGUGUUUCUUCCCCUCCCCUUCCCUGUCCUCCCCUUCCCUGUCCUCCCCUUCCCUGUCCUCGCCAUCCCUAUCCUCCCCUUCCCUCCCCCUGGUUGCAUGUAGGUUGUUGGCGGUCCAGUAUUAGGAUGCGUGUGGUCGGGGCGUUGUCAGGCUGAUGUCCGAUAUCGAGGGAUGCCCUUUCCUUACUGUGACCUGGAACCACUUAUUGUGAGCAGUGGUGUAUUUUGCCGCCCCUGGUUCACCAAAUGUAUUUAUGUUGUGACCUGAGCUGUAAGAACACAGCAGACCGGUGACCAAGGUGAAGCUACACCAGCCGUAACGUGUUGCCUAAGUAUGGGGAGCGUUAUUUAAAAAAAGACACUGCUGUGUGUUUGUAAGAUAGACACAAAAUGCUGGAGUAACUCAGCGGGACAGGCAGCGUCUCUGGAGAGAAGGAAUGGGUGACGUUUCGGGUCGAGACCCUUCUCCAGACCGAGAGUCGGGGGGAGAGGGAAACAAGUUAUAGACGGUGAUGUGGAGAGAUAUAGAACAAAUGAAUGAAAGUUGUGCUUAAAAGUAACGGUCAAUAUGGAAAGGGGCCGUCGUUAGCUGUGGGCUAGGUGGAAAUGAGACUCAACACGACGACUUUGAAACCGGUCCAUGUACCUGUCCUCGUGUCCUUGAACAUGGUGGGAGCAUGUAAUCGUCUCGGCUAAAGGGAACAGGAUGGACUGUUUGAAAUCCAUGUUCAAUGGUUCAUAACUUCAUGUGGUAGGAGCAGAAUUUGGCCAUUUGGUCCAUGGAGUCAACUCCGCCAUUCAGUCAUGGUUGAUCAAUCCCUCGAGACCCCAUUCUCUUGCCUUCGCCCCAUAACCCCUGACACCCGUACUAAUCGAGAACCUAUCAACCCCCACCGUAAAUAUAUCUACAGCCUUCUGUGGCAAUGAAUUCCACAGAUUCACCACCCUCCGACUAAAGAAAUCCCUUCCUAAAGGAACGUCCUUUAAUUCUGAGGCUGUGACCUCUGGUCCUAGACUCUCCCACUAGUGCAAACAUCCUCUCCACACAUCCACUCUCUCCAGGCCUUUCACUAUUUGGUAAGUAUCAAUGAGGUUCCCCCUCCUCAUUCUUCUAAUCUCUGCUGAAGGAAUAUUGUAAACCCCCCUCUCUCCCUCUCUCCCUCUCUCCCUCUCUCCCUCUCUCCCUCUCUCUCCCUCUCUCUCCCUCUCUCCCUCUCUCCCUCUCUCCCUCUCU